UUAGUGUCCAGGUGAUAGGCCUGCUAGGGACAGUGGGAUCCGGAGGGCUGUGCCACUAGUGUCAGGCUGCCAGGACCUGAAGGGUUCCUUAUUAAGUAAGAGGGAGUGAGGCAGGGCCUAACCUCCCUGGUAGUUUAUACUAAAGACAGUGAUCUUUGUUUUAUGUAUAUAUUUGUUUUUGAGCUACCUGAAUAAAAGGUAUUUGUUGUUUUUGCACAAGCCUGGAGUCAGUCACUGGUGGAAUUUUUGUAGCAGAGCACAUUCUAGCAAGACUCCUGUUACAAAUGGCGCCUAACGUGGGGCGCCUUCUGCUAGUCAUGUUACACGUGGCAGAGGACCCAACAGCCGCAAGGUAGCGGCACACAUACCAGCGAGCUCCAGACCAAGCUGAACUCGUGGACAUCAGUACCAGACCAAGGGUGUUGUGAGUAGUGGUUAAAACCAACCUUAAGGGGAAACAGGAACAACCAUGGUGGACACAGAAAUGCCCUUUUGGGGCAUGAAUUUUGGCAUUAGCUCAGUGGACCUGUCUGGCAUCGAGGACCACUCCCAUGGUUUUGACAUUAAGCCAUUUGCCACAGUGGACUUUACAAGUAUUUCUACACCGCAUUAUGAAGAAAUUCUAGAAGAUAAGACUUUCCUGUGCCGAAACGACCAUAUGGACGCUGAUUAUAAGUAUGACCUGAAACUACAAGACUGCCAAAACACAAUAAAAAUGGAGCCUCCUUCUCCGCCUUACUAUUCAGACAAGACUCACUCAUUCAAUAAAUCUCAGGAUGAGGCGUGCAAUUCCUUUCUUGCCAUAGAAUGUCGGGUGUGUGGAGACAAGGCCUCAGGGUUCCACUACGGGGUCCACGCAUGUGAGGGCUGUAAGGGAUUUUUUAGGAGAACCAUCAGGUUAAAAUUAAUUUAUGAACGGUGUGAGCUCAACUGCCGCAUUCACAAGAAGAGUCGAAACAAAUGUCAGUACUGCAGGUUCCAGAAGUGUCUAUCUGUCGGGAUGUCUCACAAUGCUAUCAGGUUUGGACGGAUGCCACAGGCUGAGAAGGAGAAGCUAUUGGCAGAGAUAUCAAGUGACAUCGACCAGCUGAAUCCAGAAUGCGCUGAUCAGCGGGUCCUGGCCAAGCACUUAUAUGACUCAUACCUCAAGUCAUUCCCUCUGACGAAAGCCAAGGCAAGAGCCAUUUUGACAGGAAGGACAACAGACAAAUCACCAGUGGUGAUCUAUGAUAUGAACUCACUAAUGAUGGGAGAGGAUCAGAUCAAAUGCCAGUACUCCCUGGCCCCUUUUAUAGAGCAAAACAAGGAAGUUGCCAUCCGCAUUUUCCAGAGAUGUCAGUCUCGUUCAGUUGAAGCCGUACGGGAGAUCACCGAAUUUGCCAAAAACAUUCCAGGAUUUGUCAACCUUGACCUAAAUGACCAAGUAACUCUCCUGAAGUACGGGGUCCAUGAGAUCAUAUUUACAAUGCUGGCCUCUCUCAUGAACAAAGACGGUGUUCUCAUUGCUGAGGGACAAGGCUUUAUGACCCGGGAGUUUCUCAAGAGCUUGAGGAAACCAUUUUGUGAAUUUAUGGAGCCCAAGUUUGAAUUUGCCAUAAGGUUUAAUGCAUUAGAAUUGGACGACAGUGACCUUGCCAUCUUUGUAGCUGUCAUCAUACUUAGUGGAGAUCGACCUGGAUUAUUGAAUGUGAAGCCCAUAGAAGAUAUCCAGGACACUUUGCUUCAAGCUCUGGAACUGCAACUCAAGUUGAACCACCCGGACUCCUCUCAGCUCUUUGCUAAACUUCUCCAAAAGAUGACAGACCUCAGGCAAGUGGUAACAGAGCAUGUCCAGUUAUUACAGAUUAUCAGGAAAACGGAGGCAGAGAUGAACCUCCAUCCACUCCUGCAAGAGAUUUACAAAGAUCUAUACUGAAUCUAUUCAUAUCUCUAAGAGAUUGACAAGCACUUGUACUGAAUCUCCACCUUACCUGCCAGUCAUUUGCAAGGUCUUGUACUGAAUGGACCACUCACAAAUGCAAGAGAUCUACAAAGACUUGUAGUCAGUCUCCAACCACAUCUGUAGGACAUCGAUGGGGACUUAUACUGACUCUCUACCAAUAUUUGUAAGCGAUCUACAAUGACUUGUACUCAAUCUCCUCUUACAUCCAAGAUGUCUACAAGGACUUGAACUGGUCCAUCAACUGCAUCUUCAAGAGAUCUACCACGACUUGUCCAUCUUACAACAAGUUGUACUGAAACUCCAGCCACAUCUGCAAGAGCUCUACAGUACCUUGAAUUGGAACUGCACCGCUCCUGCACAAAGAGACCUACCGGAACCUGUACUGAACUAACCUGUUAUAAUUAUGUAUUUUUUACAAUUUGCACUAUUUUUAUGAGGGAAAAAAAAGUUAACAGCAGCAACAUUACUGUGACAAAGCCUUAAAAGACACAACAAAGCUUUCAUAUAACUGGUCUAUUUUAUGCAGCUGGUUUAUAAAGCACAUGUACAAUUACUUUUAAUAUUAA